GCAGCCAUGUUGCUGUUAUUGGCUUGUUCCGGUAUCAGGGCAGGAUAGACCGCAUUCGGGGCGCAGCUCCUCGCCUUUCCACCCCCCUCCCCUCCUCCUGCCGCCCGUAACACACACGCACACACACACACACACUCACCUCCUAAAGAAGAAAGCCCCACUUUGCCCUAUAAUGGAUUCAACAACUUGAUGAUUCCUCCUCCUUCAGUCGGCGCAACGACAGGACGAGCUGCUGCUGCUAUAUCGCCACACUGCAGUGCAGCACUCGGUGAGCGACCUUAUUCCAAUCACGCAACGCGAGAAAGAGAAAUCGCCGGUCAUUUGCGUGGAUUCGGGAGUUUUUUUUUUUUUUUUUUUUGGCUUUUUUUUGCGGGUCGCCCUUUUGGCAGUCAGCGCCACUGCAGUCUGUCGCUGGGUGAUAGAAGCUAACUAGCUAAAGCCUUGUCUUGAAAGAGACGUUGAAAUAGCGAUUUUGGCUAACAGUUAGCCAACGCAACAGACUCUUAUUCGGCAUUUCUCACCUGCAAUGUCUCUAUUUUUACAAAGUUUGACCUUUCCUGUCUCCUUCCAGGGAUCUCCUGAGUGGAUUAUUUUGACUUUGUCCUGUCAGAGUCGGGAAUAACUUUUGGCCUGAAAGUUUUUGGACCUCGGACCUGAUCUUAAAGGAAACAUCUGUUGGGCACAAGAGGAACGCUGAAACGCCGUCGAGGAGUAUCGUGGAGUUAGCUUUGGACGAAAACAACAUUUUUUUUAUGAAGAAUUAAGUUGCCUCGUCCCCAUUUAGCUCAACCGUUGCUAAACUUUUUUCCUCCCAAGCUAGCACAACACGCUAGCCGUCCCAGAAACGUACCCAUUCUGCAAAUUUCUAUGAUUUCCAUUUAUAAAUGCUUAUUUGGACCUGAAUGCUUUUAAAGCCGAACGGCAAAGCUGAGGGUGGAAAAGCACAAGCCUUUUCGCACGGUUGUUACCCGUUGACAAACAUGGGACACGCAGCAGCUACAAGCUAGUCGCUAGCUCGCAGGCUAACUCUACUAAGUAGCCGCUGAUGUGGGAUUCAACUUGUUGAUUCGACGGGGGACAUCUGUUGGAAGUUUCCCUCCACCAUUAGCUGCAAGGGGCUUUAAAUGAUCAACAGACGCUGAUCGAUCGGCCUUUCUUCACGGUUUUCUCCCGAAAUGUCAACAAGGCCCUCACAGGGGCAAGUCAUUGAGAUUUCAACAGGACAGGAGCAGAAGUCUUCAACUGGUCGAUACAGCAUGUCGCGAUGUCCGAACUCGGGGUCCACGGCCACGUCAGACGAACAGCCACACAUCGGCAACUACCGGUUACUGAAAACCAUCGGCAAAGGCAACUUCGCCAAAGUCAAACUGGCACGACACGUCCUCACUUCAAAAGAGGUGGCUGUAAAGAUCAUAGAUAAGACGCAGCUCAACUCCUCCAGUUUGCAAAAGCUCUUCCGGGAGGUGAGAAUCAUGAAGAUGCUGAACCAUCCCAACAUAGUCAAGCUUUUUGAGGUGAUAGAGACAGAGAAGACUUUGUACCUGGUAAUGGAGUACGCCAGCGGAGGAGAGGUCUUUGAUUAUCUGGUGGCCCACGGCAGGAUGAAGGAAAAAGAAGCACGUGCCAAAUUCAGACAGAUUGUGUCAGCAGUGCAGUAUUGUCAUCAGAAAUGUAUAGUACACAGAGACCUCAAGGCGGAAAACCUGCUGCUGGACGCAGAUAUGAACAUCAAGAUAGCAGAUUUUGGCUUCAGUAAUGAGUUUACGUUGGGGAACAAGCUGGACACUUUCUGCGGCUCCCCGCCCUACGCCGCUCCAGAGCUCUUCCAGGGCAAGAAGUAUGACGGGCCUGAAGUGGACGUCUGGAGCCUGGGGGUCAUCCUCUACACGCUGGUCAGCGGCUCGCUGCCCUUCGACGGACAAAACCUCAAGGAGUUGAGAGAGCGUGUGCUGCGUGGUAAAUACAGGAUCCCUUUCUACAUGUCCACUGACUGUGAGAACUUGCUGAAGAAGUUCCUAAUCCUAAACCCUUCCAAAAGAGGCAGCCUCGAGCAGCAGAUAAUGAGGGACCGAUGGAUGAAUGUGGGCUACGAAGAGGAUGAACUCAAACCCUACAUCGAACCUCUGCCAGAUUACAAAGACCCCAGGAGAACAGAGAAAAUGUUGCGGAUGGGAUAUUCCCAAGAAGAGAUCCAGGAUUCUCUGUUGAACCAGAAGUACAAUGAAGUGAUGGCUACGUUCCUGCUUCUGGACUAUAGGAACUCUGAGCUGGAUGAACUACCCCUCAAACCAAGGCCAGGAAGUGAUUUAAGCAACAUAAAUGCCCCAUCUCCACCUCACAAGGUACAGCGCAGCGUGUCGUCCAACCCGAAGCCUCAGAAUCGCAGAACCACUGACCAGAGCUCCUCCUACUCAAAGAGGGGAGGUCUGUCCGACAACCGCUCUACAGCAGAGGAUUCUGGGAGGAAAGGUUCGUCAGGCAGCUCCACUACCAAGGUGGGGGCCAGCCCUCUGGUCUCAUCGGAUCGUAAAAAGAGCGCCACGCCUUCCACUAAUAGCAUCCUCUCCACCGGUACCAGCCGCAGUAGGAACUCUCCGCUGGCUGAGAGAGCCACGCUUGGCACUGGCAUUCAGAAUGGCAAAGACAGCCUAAACACUCCGGGCUCCCGAGCCUCCACUGCCUCAGCCGCUGCCGUCCUCUCCUCCACGUCCUCGCGUCCCCGCCACCAAAAGUCCCUGUCCUCCUCCAAUCAUCCAUGCCCCUCUGACCUGCACGCACCUCGGCCCAGCGCCGCGCCGCAGCGGCCGCCCGGUGCCUCCCCGUCUGCCCACAACAUCAGCAGCUCGACCGUAUCUGACCGCACCAACUUCCCCAGAGGCGGGGUCGUCCGCAGCACGUUCCACGCGGGCCAGCAGCGCGGCGCCCGCGACCAGCAGGGCUCCGCCUACCCCGGCGGGCCCGCGUCCCCGUCCCUGUCGCACGGCAACAGCCAGGCCCGGCGGGGCCACGGGGCCACAGGGAUUUUCAGCAAGUUCACAUCCAAGUUUGUACGAAAAAAUCUCUCAUUCAGGUUUCCAAGAAGUUCGUAUGAGGGAGAGGGUCGGGAUGAGGGCAGCAGAUCCGUGCUGAGCAGUACUGUAGACAAGUCGGAGAAAACCUCCGGCGGCGUCCUCUCCUCCUCUUCCAACAACGACGAGAACAACUCCUCGCCCGGCUCCGGAAACACCGGUGGCACCGGCACGCCUCCGGCCAACGCCAGCCAGAAGGACGCCGCCAAGCCGCGCUCGCUGCGCUUCACCUGGUCCAUGAAGACCACGUCGUCCAUGGAGCCCACGGAGAUGAUGCGCGAGAUCCGCAAGGUGCUCGACUCCAACAGCUGCGAGUACGAGCUGCGCGAGCGCUACAUGCUGCUGUGCAUGUCGGGCAACCCGGCGCACGACGACUUCGUCCAGUGGGAGAUGGAGGUGUGCAAGCUGCCGCGGCUCUCCCUCAACGGCGUGCGCUUCAAGCGGAUCUCGGGAACGUCCAUGGCCUUCAAGAACAUUGCUUCAAAGAUCGCCAACGAGCUGAAACUGUGAGCGGCGGCGGCGGGCUGAUGCCAGCGGCGGGGGGCGGGAUCACUUUAAAAACAUGAUUGUUGUCUAGACUACAGUCUGAAGCGUAGGGCUGCCGGUUCUGAGACCUGCAGACGGAGAAGAUGGCCGCCAUCUUCUGCUGAGACGUUCCACUCUUCUGCAUGUUUGAUUCUUCUCUGUUUUUUCGUUAGGAGGCACUUUGAUCACUCGGACCACUCCAGUUUUUCCUCCUUGUAUUUAUUCGUUUUCUGCACGGUUCUGCUGUCGGGCGGUUCUGGUGGGCAAAGCGAUCUUUUGAGCCUUAUUUUGCUGGUGAGUUCGGUUCGGGUUCUGCUCCGGCUCGUCCCGACAAGCGAACGGACCCCUGUCCCCGACCUGCCGCCUUCGUUUUCUCCCCACCUUCGGCACAAACACAUCCGGACUCUCACCUUUCUCACUCCGUUCUGGUUUCUCUGCUGCCGCCAUCUUUACGUUUGUUUUCUUCCUUUUUUUAAAAGGCUUAUGAUAAAUGACGGAGUGUUAUGGCCAUGCUAAGAAAACAAAAGUAAAAUUACAAGAACAGUCGUAGCAUUACAAAAAUAGCCAUAUUCUGAGAACUCGUACAAAAAAUCGUAAUAUUACAAGGUUAAGUCGUAGUAUUAUGAAAAAUAGUCAUAAUGAUAAUUCGUACAUAAAGUCAGAAUAAAGUUGAGAAUAAAGAUGCAUCACAAAAUAGUCGUAUUACGACUAUUUCUGUAGUAUUAUGACUUUAUUGUCGUAAUAUUACAACUUUAUUCUCAACAGUUCACAUAUUACAACUUUAUUUUCAUGAUUGCUUUAUUUUCGUAAUAUUACGAAUUUAUUUUGGUAAUUUUAUUUUUUUUCUCAGUAUGUGUCUAAACAAUCCGUCGUAAGAGCUGUGCACUGGAACAAGAUGGGGAGGAUUUUACGUUGCCUUUCGUAGAAGAAUUUAAAUCGGGGGGUUUUUCAUUUCCUUGUCCUCAAGCGAUUUAUUUGUGCCCCUGGAAAAUCCCCCCUCACCUCUGAUUGGUUGGUUGUUUUCACGCCUUCAUCUCCAGAAUGUCAGCCUCUUCCUCUUCCUCCCGCUUGUUGAGCGUCCCAAAGAGCAAACUCACAGGAAGUCGUUUUGUUUGUUUUUACUUUUGGAGGAUGAGUGUUUAUAGAAGAUCACUGGAAACAACGAGAGAAAAAAAAAGAUAAUUGACGACAAAUGGUGAAUUAUUUUCCUCUGCUUUUUUUUUUUUUUUUGAUUUGAUAAUAUAUUUUUGUGUCGUUGAAAUUAUUGGGGAUUUGUACAGAUUUGUGCGGGAAGGGGGGGAAUUUGGAUCAUAUCAUUGCUGCCUUUUUUUUGUUUUGUUUUGUGUUUUUUUUCGGGUGCACUGCACCUUUAACACAGAUUAACACCGACCCUCCCUGGAUUAUUGACCUAUUUAAUGAUGGUGGUGGUGGUGAUGAUGACUACUGCUGGUUUAUUUUUUAUUUUUAUUAUUUUUACUCUGUUAAAGAAGGCCUUUCGUUGGUCCAGAACGGCUUGAAGCAGAUGGAGAAAGUUUAGUUUCUCGGAAAAAGAAAAAAAAACUAAGAAGAAGAAGACCCAAGCGGACUCUGGUUUGCGUUUGACGCUUUAGCUUCAGAAAUAAACUCGGAUCAGUGAGGAAGCCUCAGUUAGUCGAACCUAACUCAACACUUUUCCUUUCAGCUUUUAAUACGUCAGUUUCUCUAAAAUCAUUGUAUUAAGGUGCUGGGUGUUGGAUUCUAAUUAUUAUUAUUAUUAUUAUUAUUAUUCAGCCAGUUGCUGUUAUAUUAUCUCUUUCAGGGUUGAUUUUUAUUUUGCAUUAUUUUCGUUUUACAUUGCUGUAAUUUACAUUGAUUUUAAAUGUGUUUUGAGGAAAGUGUAACUGUAGUGGUGGGAUUACUUUUUGUUCUUUUGUUUUCCUCUGGGGAGGGACGAUCAGCUCCUUAAGAAAAUGUAUUUGUUUUUGUUUUUUUGUGCAAAGACGACAUAAUGAAAAAUUACAAUGAUAGUAAUAAAACAAUGAUAUAAUGAC